AAAUCUUUUCAAUUUCUUAAUUCCAUCUUCCCAUUUAUAAGAUCAUGGAGAAUCCUCUUCAUUUGAAAUCAUUAAACCACAUCUCAGUCGUAUGCAGAUCAGUAGAGAAAUCUCUUGAGUUUUACCAGAAUAUUUUAGGGUUCUUCCCCAUCAGAAGGCCCAACUCCUUCCUCUUCGAUGGAGCUUGGUUAUUCAAUUAUGGUAUAGGAAUACAUCUAUUGCAAUCGGAAGAUCCAGAAAACAUGCCCAAGAUUAACCAGAUCAACCCAAAGGAUAAUCACAUUUCAUUUCAAUGUGAGAGCAUGUCGGUGGUUGAAAAGAAGCUUAAGGAGAUGAAAAUCGAGUACAUCGAAAGUAGAGUAGAAGAAGGUGGGAUCUACGUUGAUCAGUUGUUUUUUCAUGAUCCUGAUGGAUUGAUGAUUGAGAUCUGUAACUGUGAUAAUCUUCCCGUCGUUCCACUCGCCGGAGAAUCUCUCCGAUCAUGUUCGCUAAUCACCUGUAACAUCCAGCAGCAGCUCCGAUCAUCAAUUGUUUAGUAAUUCCGAUCAUCAUUGUCAGUCAGGGUCAAAUAU